AUGUCUUCCGCUGCUCUGCCUCCUUCCUCAUCGCAUCAUGUUCGGUCCAACUCCACCACCUCUUCCUCCGCACACUCCACCACCACUACCACCACUUCAGACCAUUCCAAUCAAGCGGAACCACAACUCUCUCAUCAUUCUGAAGAUCCCAACAACACACAAUUAGUAUCGCGGAGUGAUGUUGCUUUCAUAGUCUUGCAAUAUUUACGAGAAGAGAAUUUUAAAGAGAGUUACGAGGCUUUCAAGAAGGAAUCAAGAGAGAUCUUGGCGGACUUUGAUACAAACUCUCAACUGAAAGGGUUAAGCAAAAUACUCACCGAAUAUGUACAGCUCUCUAAUUUACAACAACAAAAUUCAUACAGACAAGCUCUUGUUCAUUCCAUUUGUAGAGACGUCAAGAAACAACAGACAGUGUCGAACCUGUUGGAAGCAAUGACAAGUUUGUUAGAAAGUGUUUCAUCAGAACAAUUUAUCUAUUCUUCUAAUCCUGGACAUCAUUCGAAUCAGGAAUCAUCCACUCGAUAUUGUUAUCCUCCUUCCCAACAGCAACAACCCAUUGGUUCGAAUUCACACAAUAGUACAAAUGCACACUCAAUGGCUCAAUUUGAUCGAGUCCAGACGAAUGUCACUGCCUCCUCUUCUUCCUCGAAUUCUUCGUCUACAAUGACCACUGGUAACAUUUCUUGUACAACACCCUCCAUUUCACCUUCAGCAACCAGCUGUACAGGUACGAUUCCAAAUCAUUCUGUGAUUGGUUCAGCAUUGUCACCUCAUUCUUCACAUUCAAGAGAUAGCUCGUCAACAACAAAUCAUUCAAUUGUGUCAGCAGCUUCUGUUGCUUCUCAAGUACCAGUAACCAAUCAGAGCAAACAAAAAAAGUCAUCCACUCAGACAAAAACCAAAAAACAGUCAAAAACAAGUAAGGUAGAAAAGAAGGCCACGACCUCAACUCAACCGCCACCAACUUUUCCACCUCUUUAUCCUCCUCUCAAUGCAUGUUUUCCCUUUCCAAUGUAUCCACCAAAUGCAAUCCCUUUUCAUCCAAUUCCAGUGACGCUUCCAGAUCCUAUUGAAACUCCACUUUCGACAAACUCUUCAACACCUGCCUCCACAAACUAUUCAUCAGACCAAAAGGAGAAUCAUGGUAACAUGCAAAUUACUCCUCCAUCAUCUUCACCAAAGACUCCACGUCACAAAGGACAAUCAUCAACUUCGCCGACAACGAUACAGAAAAUAUUUGGAAGUGUUCCAAACAGCACAUCAACAGCAGAGCCCAAUUUCGCUGCUGAUGACUUUUUCAAUUCUCCUUCCUUCUUUUUUCAAUCUCCUCUUCUUGCAAAAACAUUAACAUCUGGCAAAAGAAAACGAGAAAGAUUUGAAAUCGAAGAAAAUACUGGCCUAUGCGUGACGUUAUUUGAAGACAACAACACCAAGGCGGACAAAGACCAUUCAGAUGUUGAUGCAUUCUUGGCUACUCUCAAAUACGACUAA